AUGCUUUGUGGGAUGGCAACAGCCACCUCCAGUCCCUAUCUAGCCAGCAGCAGGAUUUUAUCCGGCCCGGUCCUUCACUCUGACCGGAGGGGUGGUGGCAUGCAGCCGGGCAGCACCGCUGUGACCACGGUUUCCAGUGGCUACAGAGGGGACCCGUCAGUUAAGAUGGUGCAGAGUGACUUCAUGCAGGGAGCCAUGGUGGCAAGCAACGGGGGCCACAUGCUCAGCCACGCUCACCAGUGGGUCACGUCGUUGCCGCACGCCGCAGCCGCAGCAGCCGCAGCCGCGGUGGCAGCAGUCGAGGCCGGCUCCCCGUGGCCGCCCAGCUCCCAGCAGCAAGAGGUGAAGAGAAACGGCGGCAGGGAGGACCUCCACUCGGGCUCCGUUCUGCACCACAGGUCCCCACAUCUGGGUCCUCAUCAGACGCACCCGGGAAGUUGGGGAGGCUCCUCCGCGGCGCACAUCGGCAUCUCCGAGGGGCAGCAGCAGCAGCAGCAGUCCCUCAUCUACUCCCAGCCAGGCGGGUUUACUGUCAACGGGAUGCUCAGCUCACACGCCGGACAGAGCCUCAUGCACCCGGGGCUGGUGCGCGGCCAGUCCCCGGAGCUGGACCACGGCAGCCAGCAUCACCACCAGCAUCACCACCACAAUCACCACACACACCAUCACCAGCAUCACGGUGUGAACCAUGAGCCGCACUCCGACGAGGACACGCCGACGUCUGACGACUUGGAGCAUUUCGCCAAACAGUUCAAGCAGCGACGGAUCAAGCUCGGUUUUACGCAGGCGGACGUGGGCUUGGCGUUGGGCACCCUGUACGGCAACGUGUUCUCACAGACCACCAUCUGCAGGUUCGAGGCGCUGCAGCUGAGCUUUAAGAACAUGUGCAAGCUGAAGCCUCUGCUCAACAAAUGGCUGGAGGAGGCCGACUCCACGACCGGGAGCCCGACCAGCAUCGAUAAGAUCGCCACACAGGGCAGGAAGAGGAAAAAGCGCACGUCCAUCGAGGUGAGCGUAAAAGGCGCGCUGGAGAGCCACUUCCUCAAGUGUUCCAAACCCUCCGCGCAGGAGAUCACCUCUCUGGCGGACACUCUGCAGCUGGAGAAGGAGGUGGUCCGGGUCUGGUUCUGCAACCGCAGGCAGAAAGAGAAGCGCAUGACGCCACCCGGACUCCCGCGCACCCCGGAGGACGCGUACUCGCAGGUGGGCAGCAUGGGUCCUGACACUCCGUCGCCCUCCAUAGACUGCAAGAGGAUGUACAGCGACACGUGA